UAAGACUGUCACUCUGUCAGCCAGUGUCAGUCAGCUGUUAUGCUGUUAUUAUUUGAGGUUAUCUAUGUAGGUAAUGAAAUAAUAUUUUUUGUGAAAAUAUAACACAAAAUCUCAGAAAAUGUCUCUUAUAUCAUACGCAUCAUUGUUCUUAAGGCGAUCUGGUGCACUCCGCUAUCCAUCAACAUGCAACAAUUGUACUAAUAAAGUGAAACAUGUGUCGUAUAGUUCAGUAGCUACGAAAACGAUUCAUGAUGUGAAUACAAAUGUUACAAAAGACGUUAUUUUGUUUAAGUAUGAGAAUCCAAAGUUUUAUAUGUAUAUGAACCUGUUCGCAGUGGUUCAAUACAUGUUCUGGUCAUAUUUGGGUAUAUUCGCGUUCUCCACUCUAAGAGACGCUCCGGUGGACAAAACCAAGAUAACGGACGAUACACCGUGGUUUAGAAGGAUAAAUUUAGGAGAAAACAAGUAUAGGAACACUUUGGGAAGCGUGGCCUUACUUGUUGGUACAGGGUCUCUAGCAAUGAUUUGGAUGUACACACUGAAAUCAGUACGCUAUCUAAUACUUAAUAAAGGAGGGAAGCACCUUACGUUUGUGACAUAUACUCCGUUUGGGAAAAACCGUAUGAUGAAAGUUCCUGUUGAUCAUGUUUGUUGUAAGGAACAGCGAACUGCAGCCAAAGUACAGUUACCUUUGAAAAUAAAGAACACUUGGACGCAUUAUAUGUUGGACAUGAGAGGUGAAUUUAAACACCCAAUGUUGUUUGAUAGUACUGCAGGAUUGUUUAGGAAAAUUUGAACUGUUGUGAGUUAUGUGGUACCAUUAUUAUAAAUUGUAAAUGUGUUGAAUAAAAAUUAGUUUGUAAUUUAUUUUUCGUUUGUAUGUACUAUCUGUUUUUAAGCAAACAUAAUAAAGUAAUAUUUUCAAGUCAAUCUUAUCCCAUUGAAUGUGUUGCCUUGUAAUGGGCUACGAAAGCCAUUCCAUGACAGACAGACAUUGACACCAGCAAAUAACAUUACGCUAACACCCUAAUUUAGAAAUUGCAUCUUUUGAUUUUCAAGCAUAUAUGUAUUAAUGAUUUUUCUACUACCAGUUAUUGAUUGAUUGAAUAUAUUUAGCAUUAAAAACGGAAAAUCGACAAAGACCAUGAUCAAGUAGUGUUAAUUGAUGGUGUCAAUAUGCUCCAGCCAGAUGAGUGAAAAAACAAUUAGAUUUAAUACUAAAAAAACAUCCUAAUGUUCUAUAAUGUUGUAUACCUUGACUCCGAAUUCUAAUUAGCACUUAUUACAGUAGUUUCAAUUGUUUAGAGUGAUGUAGAGCUGCACUGGCCUGAAGUAAACUAUCCUCACAAUAAUAAUAAUAAUAGACAACACAAUAUUAUGGUUUGGACUGUCACGUAAAAGUUCUUAAGCUUUUUACAUGUCAUUGAAGAAUACAUAACAGGAUUUUCUGCAAAAGUCA